AACUCUCGAGCGAACGUUGAAAAACAAGGCGCGUCGGAAUAGCAAAGAAAAAAAUAGUGACGCCGCGGCAGUGGUGUGGUGCCUGUGUGCACGCGUGUGAGAAUUUUUAUUUUCUUUUGUAACCGGUUGACAGUUUACGUUUUCUGUGUUAACUAUUUAAUUAACAAAAUAAUUUUAAUUUCAAAUGGGCAAAAUGGAAUAAGCUUAGUGAUUUUUGGAAAAGUGUUAAAAUGAAUUGUAUUAGCUGGAAAUAAUUAAAAAAAUAAAAGAAAUCAAAAGCAAGAGUUUAUUUAAGCCUUUGCAGUUGAUGUAAUAUUAAGGCAAAAAAUGUAUUUUCAAAUUUGAAAAAUAACAAUAAUAAUCUGCUGGAAUCGCUAUCAAUCGCAAAGCAGCCAGAUGGAAGCCAUGUAAAUACAUACCUACAAACAAAUCAUAUGUGAAAUCCUAUUUAGAUACGAAUUCAAGUUUUAUGACGAUAUACCUACAUACACCCCUGUGCAUUUGCCGUCCAAUUAUUAUUUUAGCUUCGAAAUUCCCAACCAUCUAAUGUUAGAUUCGAUAUUCCCAAAAGCAUGUCAACUGCUACGAAACAGAAACGAUACUUUUUGCUAUUCGGAGCCACGCACAGCUCCUCAUCACUUAUCCUUCGCUCGCUAAAACUCUUCUUUACGAAGCAUCGUCGAAGAAGAUAAAAACGCGCGCGCUCAACUCCGCUCCUACACAGAAAGGAAAGCGGUGAGAGUGUUGCUAGAGAGUUGGCACAGACCGAGCUCUCCAAGGAAAAUGUCCUCACGGCGUAGCUCAUUUCGCAAACGACAAAAACCACCAAUCGAACGAUUUAAGGAUCGAUGUCGACAGUUUACGGCUUUUAUGUUCAGCAAUGUUGGCAUCAUAUUACUGGUAAUUUUCUAUACAAUUGGAGGUGCCUUUAUUUUUCAAGCAAUUGAAUUAUUCGAAUACGAAAGACUUAGCUCGCAUAAAAUUGUUAAACCCAAUGCAACUUUAAUAUGCGCUCAAAAGAUUUGGCAAAUUACGGCGCAGAACAUAAGUUUCUACGAUAACGCCUAUUAUAGGGAAAGAGUAAAUGAAAUUUUGUUGCAAUUCCAACGGGAAAUGGCACAUGAAAAUCUGAUCGAUCCAGACAUUGACAAGCAAUGGAGCUUUUCGGGCGCAUUCCUUUACUCAUUAACGGUUAUAACAACAAUAGGUUACGGCAACAUAUCGCCCAAAUCAGAUUGGGGCAAAUUAGUUACCAUUUUAUAUGCAAUUAUCGGCAUGCCACUUUUCCUACUCUAUCUCUCCAAUAUAGGCGACGUACUGGCCAAGUCCUUCAAAUGGAUUUACUCCAAAGUCUGCCUGUGUCGCAUUUGUCCGGGCGUUGCGCGACGGCGCAUUAUACGAGAGCGCCGGAAAAUACGGCAGUUGGCUAUGUCAAAAGCGCUACAAGACAUGGAAAGUCGCUACUCGAGCAACAGCAGCAGUGCUGAUAGCAGAAGUAGCAACAGCUCUUCAGGCAGCUAUUACAGCGAAGAAACCGAGAGCUCAACACAGAGCAUGAGUGCGCUGGAGAUCUUUGAAGAAGAAAACGAUUCCGAUAUUGAGAGAGAAAUACGCAUGAACACGGACGAGAUUACAGUACCAUUAAUGGUUUGUGUAGUCAUUAUGAUAAGUUACAUAUUAGCUGGUGCUAUUCUGUUUAGCCGUUGGGAGGAUUGGGGCUACCUGGACGGCAGCUACUUCUGUUUCAUCUCAUUGAGUAGUAUCGGUUUCGGCGAUUUGGUGCCGGGCGAACGUGUGAUUACUGCCGAUAAAGACAAAGUUGAGGUUAGUUUUAUACUUUGUGCUGUUUACCUGCUGCUCGGUAUGGCGCUCAUUGCUAUGUGUUUCAAUUUAAUGCAGGAACAAGUCAUACACAAUGUGCGCGCCAUCAAGCGAGCCUUUAAGUCCUGCUUUCGUUGCAAGAGAUGACACUACCUUAAGAAGCCUUUAGUUGCAUAGCAAAUCACGAACUCUUACCGCUAAGCUAAACAUAAGUUAUUCAUACGAAUAUACUCGUAUAAGUAAUGUUUCCUAGCAGAUUAAAAUAGCUGUAAUAACUUCGAAUUGGGUAGGCGUUAUAGUUUUAGAUCAAUACAGCGAACCGCAUGUGUUCUCUUUAACUGGCAAUCGACGAAAAAAUUGUUAAUACGAAUUACGUUAAAUACUUUUUACAAGCGCACGAAAUAAUUGUAUAUAAAAUAGCCCGUAUGAUAAAUUAUUAAGAAUUUGUAUUUAAGAGAAAUCUACUAUUGUAAAGCCUUUAUUUAAAUAAAUUAAAUAAUAUAUAGUGACUAGGAUAACUAAAAUGCCGUAAGAGGCUUAAUCGUAGAGUAGUUAAAGAAUC